GCACUGCUCUAAACUUUCUCCUCGAGCUGAACUGGUCUGGGAUCUGCGCGCACGUGGAGCGGAGACUGAAUGAAUGAAAACACCAGACUGGACUUCAGCUCUCUGUACUGGACUUUAUAUAUUUAUAUAUAUAUAUAUUUUAAUUAAUUUCCUUUUUUUUUUAAUUUCAUAAUUCAGCCUGCAGACCUGAGCACGAGCUGUGGAUGAUUAUUGUAAUGGAAUAUAAUGGGAGUGGGGGGUUCACUCUGCUGGGGGCUGAGAAGCUCGUGAAGGAGCUCUGAGGAGGAGAUGUGCAGCCCAGCCUGGACUAAUGACUCUCAGAGCGUCUGAAGCCAUGAUGCGCAUGCGCGUGAUGGCGCUCCCGCUGCUGCUGCUGCUGCUGCUCCUGAGGCGCGCCCCCUGCAGCGCCGCCUCCGCGUGCCCGAGACUGUGCGCGUGCCCGCGCCCCAACGAGCUGCACUGCACCUUCCGCUCCCUCCGCGCCGUGCCCGCGCCCAUGCCCGCCCACGCGCAACGCGUCAACCUCGGAUUUAACACCAUCACUCACAUCUCAGAGCAUUCCUUCUCUGGAUUAAGGAAACUGGAGCUUCUGAUGAUGCACGGGAACGACAUCCACAAAAUUCCAGAUGGUGCUUUUCAGGAUCUGCUGGCCUUGCAGGUGCUGAAAAUGAGCUACAAUAAGGUGAGGGUGAUCACCGGCCGCAGUCUGCUGGGUCUGACAGGACUUAUCCGGCUGCACCUGGACAACAACCGCAUCCAGUUCAUCCAUCCGGAUGCUUUCCACGGGAUGACGUCGCUGCGUCUGCUGCAUCUGGAGGGGAACCACCUGCAGAAGCUCCAUCCUGCUACCUUCAGCACUUUCUCUCUACUCCAGCACUUUCCCGUCUCCACCAUCAAACACCUUUACCUGUCGGAUAACCUCCUGACCUCCAUGCCGCGGGACAUGCUAAUGAGCAUGCCUCAGCUGGAGAACCUCUUCCUGUACGGGAAUCCCUGGACCUGCGACUGCAGGAUGAACUGGCUCCGGGGCUGGAGAGCACAUCACUCAGAUGUUCUGAAAUGUAAGAAGGACAAAUCCUAUGCCAAAGGUCAACUCUGUCCACUCUGUUCUUCACCAAAUCAACUGAAAGGGAAGGACAUCUACGGACUGAAGGAGCUUCAGUGCACCGGACCCAUCAUCACCUCCCCAGGAAAGAACAUCUCACCUGAGGAGAACCUCAGCGAGCUGCUCUCACUGGAGGACUUCAGACCACCUUUAGGAAGCGUCACGUUGAACCUGUCUGACGAACACGGGAACAAAGUGGAACUGAUUUGCAGAAUUCUGGAGCCGAGAGACUCCACCAAAAUCGCCUGGAAUUACACCAAAUCGAUGCAAAUUGCGGCUAAUAUGACUCUUUCUUUUGACCUUGAAUGUCCUAUAGAUCGAGAUAACUAUGAGAGCUUAUGGAGAUUACUAGCGUACUACAGUGAGAUGCCUGUGCACCUGAGGAGGGAGAUCAUGCUAAGUAAAGAACCUGAAUUGAGUUACAGGUACAAGCAGGACAUUGAGAGGGAUGCAUACUAUUACACCGGAGUCAGAGCUAACGUUUUAUCCCAUCCAUCCUGGAUCAUGCAAUCAUUCCUAAAUAUACAGCUAAACAGACCUUAUUCCACAUCCAAGACCGUGAAGCUCAUUCUCACCACACAAACAUCAACGAUCACGGACAGCGAUCAGAUACAACGACAGAGGAGAUCCUGGGUGGUGAUCGAACAUAACAACGCAACCCAGACGAUGUACAGCUCUAUCGUGGGAGGCAGGGUUGAGAUGGUCUGCAAUCUGCAAAGUUCUGGAGAUUCAACUAUUCACUGGAUGCUUCCUGAUGGAUCUAAGGUUAAAGCUCCUUUCAGCAGCCCAAAUAAUAAUCGACUGUCCGUGUCGAGUGCUGGCACACUUCUCCUCAAAUCUGCUGAGUAUUCAGACUCGGGUGUGUAUUACUGCAUUGCUGAGGUCCCUGGAGAUAUGGACCUUUUACCUUUCCGUUUAUCUGUAGUCGAAGGUUCCACUCCUCCCCAAGGUGACGAGGUUGGGACUCCAAUAGCUAAAUUUGUAGGCGAGCCCAUUUCCAUUCCUUGCCCCUCGACUGCAAUACCAGACGCUGUAACAAACUGGAUAUUUCCAGAUGGCGACAUGAUCAAUGCCAAAGCAAACUCAUCUAGAGGCUUUGUCUCCUCCAACGGAACACUCUUCAUUUCUCACGGCAAAUAUAACGACAAUGGAUAUUACAAAUGUGUGGCUUUGAAUGAACAUGGUGUGGAUACUCUCUCGACCAAGCUCACGGUCACAAGAAGGCAAGGAAUGCAGCCUUCUCUCCGACGAUACCCCAUGAGACCUCAGUCUGCGGCAGGAGUCUCAACAAAGGUCAGAGCGUUUUUAGAGGACGUAGAGGAGUCCUCUGGAGACUCUUACCAAGACAGAACGCCCUCGAAUAGACCAUUAAUCAACCAGAGGAGGGGACAACCAUCAAGAGCACAGGGACAUCCUUUCAGGAACACCCAGCGAAGGUUCCCAGACCACAGACGGCCUCUUAGGAAAGGUCUGAAUGGACAACAAAGGAAAAAUAUCUUCGAAAACAGGAGAAAUACCAAUACAUCAAAGCAAAAGAUAGAUCCGCAGAGAUGGGCUGACAUCUUGGCCAAAAUCCGUGAGAAGACCGUCCCCAAAACCACACCGGCUAACUCUCUCCAAAGCAGGCCAGCGAAUAGGUUACAGACUGUAAACUCCAGGAUAAAUAAGAUAAGUAAGCAAGAAUCUCCAGAGAACACAGAAGGAUCUUCCCCUGAUGACACAAACCCGACAACACAGUCUGAGAGCAUUCGAAUUACACAAAAUCCAGAUCAACAGACCUACAGUACACAAUCCAUCACAGCCUCCCCACAAACUGAAAGCCAACAUAACUCGCAUCAAAUAGCUUCUCCUAAACUAAGCAGUGACUUCAGUAAAGUGACACCGAGCCCUGGCACCGCAAAGCCCACAGCUGCGUCCAAUUACAGCAUCAAUGAAAUAAAUGUCCUGGAGGGAGACCUUGUAAACACUUUAACUACAAGCACUUCAAACAGUGAAGAGGGUCAUCAUCAAGAAAUGGGAAAAAAUAACCCACUGUCUUCAGGGCUUGUCAAUGUGCCAGAUCCAGGAGUAAAGAAUGAGCUUCUUAGCAUCUCAGAAAAGUCUGUUAAUAUCAUCUCAAACACGGCUGAUGUUGAUUCUGAUGUUGGAAAUAACUUGAAGGACGUGAAGAGUGAAUCUAGUCAUGAUUCAGCUUUAAAAUCAAAGUUUACCACCUCCGUACCAGUGACCAAAGCUACUUCCACAAAGCACAAAGCUCCAGUAAUAAGUUCAGUACCAUCAAGGCCGAGAUCCCCCUGGAACUCCAGAAGGCGAUUUGGAAAUAGGAGGCGUAUGAACAGAUUAAGACCGAAGCCAUCCUCCUCCUUAACCACUAGCAGACCACAGAUGUUUACAAUAACCAAGGCUCAAUCAUCAAUCAUUACAGCUACAUCCUCUACACCAACAGUCCAAAGCACAGCAGCUUACCAGCAUUUCACUGGAAGUGCUGAUAUAGUAAAUAUAUAUAACAUAUAUAACACUUCCCCUCAGUACCAAAAGAAUUUAAUGGAUAGUACGGAUAAUGCAAUCGUUUAUGAGAAAAUCCAAAAACAAGAGAGUGAAUUCUCCACAAACCAGCAGAUCAAUCCUACAGUAGACUUUUCACCACCAGCAACCACUGUGGUCACAAGUCACAAGCCUGUAGCAAAUGAAGACACGUCCACAGAGGAUUGGUGGAACGAACACACAACCUCUAAAUCGGUCAAGACAAAUGAGCUCAUGGCUUCUACAGAAGCAGCUCCAACAUCUCAGCCAGACCACAAAACCCUUCCUCUGGCAGCUACUCAAGAGAAUUUUGUGAGCGUACUCUCAGCUGUGGAAUCAGAACCGACUCAAAAGGCAUUUAGCGAGAAAGAUGCAACAGAAACCAGUUUUACAGCAAGCCUUGAAGUGCCUCGUCCGGAUGUCCUUCACAUACCUGAAUCGCGCCCAGAGGAAGGCAUUGAUGAGGCCAGUAGCUUGAAGCAUGUGAACUCUGCCGAGAAUUCUUCUGUAGAGUCAGAAGAGGAUAGCGUUAGUGUUCAGUUAGCUUCGGUUCCACCACUUCCUCCACCAGUGGUAUCUCCAUAUGAUGCAUAUGAUGCUGAGGGACAAGAUUCAAAGCAGGAAACAAAAAAUAGACAAUUGUUUUCAGACCCAAAUCAGAGUCAAUUACACUCAACAACCCUGCCUACUGCUAUCUUCCCCAACACAAGAAGAAACCCAUGGCCAGAGGUACCAAAGACGAUUACAGAUUCAGUAGCUAGUGUUUCUGCAACAAGUACUUUUGCAUCAACUUCUACAUCGCAAACUACAACAGUUGGAAUUAUGGUGACCACACAACCUAUAGCAGCUACCCCUUUAUCAAUUUUAGCAACCCCCAAACCAGCUCCAGAACAGAUUACAGAAACAUCUACAAGUUCUACAAGUUCUCCAACAACUCGGACAAUCACCCCUACCACCACCUCAACAACUACAACAACUACAACAACAACAACAACGACCCCCUCAAAACCCAGAAUUCCAAUAGCAGAUAACAGAAUCCCAUACUACUCAAGAAACCCUGCAACAAACUACAUUCCAGACAGGCACCAUGGAAGAAUACCUAACUAUAGGUAUCCUUACUAUACCAACCAUAGAAAUCCAUUCGUGGUUCAUAGAACACCAUCAUUUAACAAUUCCUUUAGCCCAGAGAUCGUCAGUGGCGUCAAAUCAACAACCUUAUCACCUAAAACCCUUACAACCACUACUCAAUCAACAAGUACCAUCAAAUCAACGACCUUGUCCUCUACAUCUACGGUCAGCACAAAAUUGUCGAUCUUCUUACCUGAAACAUCUACGACCACUACUCAACCAACAACGACCAGCACCACCAUUCACUCAAGAUCAUUUCACUCAACCUCAGAUCCUAGAAGCAGAAUUCAGAUAAACAUAGUGUCUACAAACAGGCGCUUCGGCACAGCUGUGUCACCCGCCCAGCCGCCAGCUGUUUCUGUACCGAGAACCAGGCCCAGAAUCACCACGGCUAAUCUCAACACGGUCAUCGUAAACGCUGAAACAGAUGUGCGCUUUCCGUGUGAUUCUGUGGGGGAGCCUAAACCUUUCAUCACCUGGACCAAAGUCUCCACAGGAGCUAUCAUGUCAGUCAAUACGAGGUUCCAGCGAUUCGAGGUACAGUCCAACGGCACCUUAAUGAUCCACGGCGUUCAGCUUCAGGACCGCGGCCAGUACCUCUGCACUGCUCAGAAUCUGUACGGUACGGAAAAGAUGAUGGUUAGCCUGGUGGUUCUGGUGCAACCGCCUAAGAUGACAGUGCCACGGCACCGCGACUUAACCGUGUACCUGGGAGACACCAUUCAGCUGGAGUGUCGAGCACAGGGUCUUCCUAAUCCUCGCACCAGCUGGGUUCUCCCAAACCAGACAGUUGUGCAAACGGUGAGCAUCAGUGAUCAGAGGCUUCAUCUUUUCACUAAUGGUACCCUUCAGAUCAAGCAGACCAGCUACACUGACAGAGGAACCUACAAGUGCAUAGCCAGCAACGUAGCCGGAGCGGACACGUCAUCAAUCCGGCUCCACGUCACGGUCUUGCCACCCAUGAUCCUGCAGAAACGCCAAGAGAACCACACCAUUUCUGAAGGUCAGACCAUCAACAUCCACUGCAGCACCAAAGGAGCCCCAAGUCCAACCAUCCGAUGGGUUACCUCCACCGGUACACACAUACGACCUUCUCAGUUCAUCAAUGGAAACCUGUUCGUUUUCCCCAACGGAACGCUGUAUCUACGAAACCCGACGGAAAAGGACUCUGGAACCUACGAGUGUGUCGCCGUGAACCCGGUGGGAGCUGACAAGAGAAGAGUGAAUCUCCUGGUCAAGAAGAACUUUUCCACAUCCAAAAUCACCUCCACGUCUCCACAGAAGACGGACGUCAGCUACGGCGACUUCCUGCGUUUGGACUGCAGCGCUUUGGGCAGCCCUGAACCCAGGAUCAUCUGGAGAACUCCAGCUAAGAAAUUAAUCGAUGAACACUACAGUUUCGAUCACAGAAUGAAGGUCUUCAGCAACGGCACCCUCACCAUUAAAUCAGUGACCGACAAGGACCAGGGAGACUACCUGUGUGUGGCCAGGAAUAAAAUGGGUGAUGAUUACGUUCUCCUGAGGGUAAACGUGAUGAUGAAAGCGGCCAGAAUCGAGCAGAAGCAGUCGAGCGAUCACAAGGUUCUUUACGGCGGAGAUCUGAAAGUGGACUGUGUUGCCUCGGGUCUUCCGAACCCCGAGAUCAGAUGGAGCCUUCCCGACGGCACUAUGGUUAACAGCGUCAUGCAGUCAGAUGACAGCGGGGUGCGCAGGAGGAGAUACGUCGUCUUCGACAAUGGUACGCUUUACUUUAACGAAGUGGGAAUGAGGGAGGAGGGGGACUACACCUGCUACGCCGAGAACCAGAUCGGCAAAGACGAAAUGAAGGUCUACAUCAAGGUCGUAGCAGCAGCAGCGACCAUUCGGAACAACACCUACGAAGUGAUGCGUGUACCUUACGGAGACACAGCGUCUCUUAGCUGUAGUGCAAAAGGAGAACCUUCCCCAACGAUAACGUGGUUUUCCCCAAUUAACCGUAUCAUACUGCCAGCGUCAGACAAGUACCACGUCACCAACGAUGGGACAUUGCUUAUUCAAAAGUUUCAAACAUUUGACAGCGGGAACUACACCUGCUCAGCCAAGAACUCUGCGGGAACAGACAGGAAAGUAGUCCGUGUCGAGGUUCUUGUUUCUUCACCCACCAUUAACGGAUUACAAAAGCCAAUCAGCACUGUAGAGCAGACUGCUGUUAGGGACCAGCAGGUCCUUCUGCACUGCAAAGCUGAAGGAUCCCCAAUUCCACGAGUCAUGUGGAUACUUCCUGAGAACGUAGUGCUUCCAGCACCUUACUACGGCAGCAGGAUAACGGUUCAUCGAAACGGCACACUUGAUAUACGUAACUUGCGCAAAAGUGACUCGGUCCAACUUCUUUGUAUCGCCCGUAACGAGGCAGGAGAAGCCAGACUGCAGGUGAAGCUCCACGUGACAGAACACAUCGAGAAACCUCGACUGAAAAGCUUGGCUGAAGAGUCCGUUCAAUUGACUGAUGGCGUAACAGUGACCCUGAACUGUUCUGUGGAGGGAAAACCCAAUCCAGAAAUCACCUGGAUUCUUCCCAAUGGAACAUCGCUCUUGAGUGGAACCAGCAUUUUCCGUUUUUUUCAUAGACCUGAUGGAUCGUUGGUCAUUAGAGAGGCUUCAGCGCUGGAAGCAGGGACAUACCGGUGCGUUGGACGCAACAGUGCUGGAUUCGUGGAACGAAAGGUCACUCUGGAGUCAGGCAAAAAGCCAGACAUCAGCAGCAAGUACAGCUCAUUGGUGAGCAUAAUCAACGGAGAAAACCUGCAACUGAACUGCCUGUCGAGUGGAAACCCUUUACCCAAACUUACCUGGACUUUACCAAGUGGAGUUCUUCUGACCAGGCCACAGAAAAUGGGACGAUACGUCGUCUUCGACAACGGCACACUAACUGUUCAACAGGCGUCUGUAUUUGACAGGGGAACGUACCUCUGCAAGUCUUCCAACGAGUACGGACUGUCGUCCAUGUCCGUUGCGGUGAUCGUGAUAGCCUACCCGCCGCGGAUCACCAGCGGACCAGAGGCAGUCACUUACGCCAGACCUGGAGUGGCGAUCCAGCUGAACUGUUUGGCUAUCGGUAUCCCUAAAGCCGAGGUUCAGUGGGAGAUGCCCGAUAAGACUCAGCUGAAAGCUGGAACCCAGCCGAGAGUCUACGGUAACAGAUACCUCCACCCCUCCGGCUCUCUGCUCAUCCAGAACCCCUCCAGCAGAGACAAUGGGUUCUAUAAGUGCACUGCCAAGAACGUGGUGGGUAGUGAUACCAAAGCGACAUACGUAUACGUGUUUUGAUAGGAAACGUUUGAACUUUAGGUACAAAAUGCCCGAAGAACUGCGAGAGUGCAGAGAAUACUGUUUGUAACAGAGAUAUUUUUCAAACUAUGCAAUUUUUGGUUUAUUUGAUCGAUUAUUUUCUACUGAUGUUCUUGUAAAUAGAGUUGAAAGGCUAAUAACAACCAGUGGGACAAAAUAUAUAGAUAUCACAAGGUAUUGUUUCAUUUUCUUUUGCUAUACGUUAUAAUGGCAUCAAAUGACAAAAUAUGGCGCUAUAAUCAAAUCAAUAGGUUAAACUUGCAGUGAAGAAUAUUGGUUGUUAAAUUCUGUGAAACUGACACCAGUAAAUCCAUAGAUGCCAUAAAUUAUCGUAAAGAAUUGUCCUUUAAUAUACAGCUCCGAAAAAAAAUUAAGACUUUCUGAAUCAGUUUCUCUGAUUUUGCUAUUUAUAGGUUUAUGUUUGAGUAAAAUGAACAUUGUUGUUUUAUUCUAUAAACUACAGACAACAUUUCUCCCAAAUUACAAAUAAAAAUAUUCUCAUUUAGAGCAUUUAUUUACAGAAAAUGAGAAAUGACUGAAAUAACAAAAAAGAUGCAGAACUUUCAGACCUCAAAUAAUGCAAAGAAAACAAGUUCAUAUUCAUAAAGUUUUAAGAGUUCAGAAAUAAUCAAUAUUUGGUGGAAUAACCCUGGUUGGUUUUUA